AUGAAACUGAUAGUAAUUGUUUGUGUAAUAAUUUCCGUGGCGUUCUGCGCCCCGACUUUUGAUCCAUUUCUAUCUCGGCGUGCGCUGCCUGCGCUGGAGCAUGAGGAAGUACAUGACGAGUUCGGGCAGUACGCGUAUCGUUACGUGACAGCUGAGGGCACUGUGGUCUCCCAGCGCGCCUGGCUUGAGCCAACCGAAAAUGGCACUUAUGUCCUUGUAACUGAAGGCGAGGUCUCCUACCUCGGGGAUGACGGUGAAAUAUAUGUCACAAAAUACUACGCGGGCAUUAAUGGAACGCAUGUUGAGAAUAAUCAUUAUCCCGUUCCUAAGGCGUCAGUUGCAGAAGAAUCAGAUGAAUCUCAGUGA